CAGUCCCAGAAAUCCGUUUUCGUGCUGUACUUUAACCAAUCGCACUGAGCGAGAGGUGGUCCUAAACCCAGACUGGGGUCUUUUAAUAACAGGUUUAGUUUGGCUGCAGUAGGCUAGUUUAAAUUUGCGGACUUGUUUUAGAACUUUGUCAGGGUCCCAGUGGUCAGUACAUUCAGUACUGAAGCCGUGGCUCGGCGUUUUCUUUGCUAUGACUGACAGCUAUAUUUUCCAAGUCAUAUUGUCUGUUGUUCUCUUUAGCGCCAGACCAAGUGCUACGACGGCGAACAAUGGGGACGAAACGGAAAUGGUUGUACCGCUGGCGUUAUCCCGGAGCGAGUUUCACCUCCUCCAGGACGCGUCUGGGCGAAGUUGGAACAGACGCAGACAGCGCUCUAAUGCCGAGUCGGAAGUCCUUCAGUCUGACAAGAACGACGUGUUUCUUUUGUUGCCGGCUUUCGGCAAAGAACUGUAUUUACAUGUCAAAAGAGAUGCCAGAUUUCUUUCGGACCGUUUUGCCAUCGAAGAAAAGAACGAAGACGGUACCAUACGGCUGGCCAAUGUUUCUGAUGACCAGCUCUGCUUUUACACCGGGGAAGUUCUCAAUUACACAAACUCUUUGGCAUCUCUCCGCAUUUGUGGUGGUGGCCUGACAGGCCUGGUAAGAGCAGGAAAUGACAUCAUGUUUAUCGAGCCUGUGGGAGACGGGCAGGACUUCUUCUCUGGCGUGGAGCACAGGGUGGUCCGACAGAGACGACUCCCCACAUCCAGCUCUCCUGCCUUAAAGGCACACCCCAAAUACUGUCAGCCUGUGUCAGGAAGGAGGAAGCGAGAGACCCACAGGCGACCCCAUAACAGCACCGCCCCGCUGAGCGGGGAGUUCACGCUGGAGACGGUGGUGGUGGCCGACGCAGACAUGGUGCAGUACCAUGGUGCUAAGGCAGCACGGAGGUUCAUCCUCACCGUCAUGAACAUGGUUCACAGCAUGUUUCAGCACCAGAGCCUGGGUUUUCCCAUCAAUGUCCGCCUCAGCAAACUGCUGCUGCUGCCCAGCCGCCCAGAGAGCCUGAAGAUCGGGCAUCAUGGAGAGCGCUCCCUCCACAGCUUCUGCCGCUGGCAGCACCAAGAGUAUGGUGAUGCCCGUAACCUGGGAAACAACCAGAUUCCUGGAGGAAGGGAUGGCCUGCCUGCGGUGGACAUAGCUAUUCUCAUUACCCGGACAGACUUUUGUGUCCUUAAAGACGAGCCUUGCGACACCGUGGGAAUUGCCUACCUGGGAGGGACCUGCAGCCCUAAGAGGAGGUGUGUGCUGGUGGAAGACAAUGGUUUCAACCUGCCCUUCACCAUUACCCACGAGCUGGGCCACAGCCUGGGCGUAAGCCACGACGACGACCACGCCUCCUGCACCAGCCACUCCCACAUCAUGUCCGGGGAGUGGGUCAAGGGCCGCAACCCCAGCAACCUGUCCUGGUCCCCCUGUAGCUCUGACGACCUGGAGAAGUUCCUCAGGUCGGAAGCCAGUGCCUGCCUGCUGCAGACGGACCCGCACGGUCACACCGCCACUCGCCGGCCCUCCAAACUCCCCGGCAUGCACUACAGCCCUGAAGAGCAGUGCCAGAUCCUGUUUGGCACCAAUGCCACAUUCUGCACAGCCAUGGAGCACCUGAUGUGCGCAGGCCUGUGGUGUCUGGUGGAGGGGGUGGAGUCCUGUCAAACCAAACUGGACCCCCCUCUGGAAGGGACAGAGUGUGGCACUGACAAGUGGUGCAGGGACGGGAGCUGUGUCAGUAAGGCUCCUCUCCCCCAGCAUGCUGAUGGUGACUGGGGCCCCUGGAGCUCCUGGAGCACCUGUAGCCGCACCUGUGGGACUGGCGCCCGCUUCCGGCAGAGGAAGUGCGACAACCCGCCCCCAGGCCCCACGGGCAGGCCCUGCCAGGGUGGCAGCGUUGAGCAGCAGGCCUGCCAGGGGCCUCCGUGUGCCAAGGGCCUGCCCACCUUCAGAGACCAGCAGUGCCAGUCACACGCCCUUAAGCACAGCAGGGACAUGUGGAUGGCCAUCAUCAAUGACGAGAAGCCCUGUGCCCUGUUCUGCUCCCCUGUGGGGCAGGACGCACCGGUCCUGGUGGCGGAGCGGGUUCUGGAUGGGACGCCCUGCGGGCCCUAUGAGACAGACCUGUGUGUGAGCGGCCUGUGCCUGCCGGUUGGCUGCGAUGAGAUCAUUGGCUCAUUGGCUGAGGAGGAUCACUGCGGUGUUUGCGGAGGUGACGGCCAGUCCUGUGAGGUGGUAAAGGGACACUUCAAUCAAAGCACAGGAAACGGGUACACUGAGGCUGUGGUCAUCCCGGUCGGUGCAUGGAGGGUCAAAGUAGAGGAGAAUGUGCCAUCGCAAGGCUUCCUAGCCCUAAAAGACUCUAGUAAUGGCUCCAUCAACAGCGACUGGAAGAUUGAGCUGCCUGGGGAAUUUGAACUGGCAGGAACCAUGGUCCGCUAUGUGAGGAGGGGCCUUUGGGAAAAAAUGUCCGCCAAGGGACCCACAAAGAUGCCCUUGCACCUCAUGGUGCUGCUCUUCCAUGACCAGGCCUACAGUAUCCAAUACGAGUACACAAUCUCCCUCAAUCGCUCGCUGUCUAAGGAUGCAGAACCUCCAGGUCGCCAGCAGGGGGAGCCAGAGCUGCAGGAGGAGCCGGGGCUCCUGUACGUCUGGGUCCACAGCCGCUGGGAGGACUGCAGCGUCCAUUGUGGAGGAGGGGAGAAGAAGACAGUUGUUUCUUGUGCAGUGGUCAUCAACAAGACUCUGACUGUGGUCAAUGACAGCUACUGCCGCCUGGAGUACCGGCCGCCUCCCGAGAUCAGACGCUGCCACACCCAGCCGUGCCCCGCCCAGUGGAUGCCAGGUGAGUGGGGGGCCUGCUCCGUUACCUGUGGGGCGGGGCUGCAGGUGCGGGAGGUGGGCUGCGUGUCCCAGCUGCAGAAUGGUUCCUACACCUGGACCCUGGAUUGGCCCUGCUCCGGACCCAAACCCCCGUCCGCACAGAGCUGUGACCAGCCCAGCUGCCCUCCCCAAUGGGAGACGUCUGAGUGGACUAAGUGCUCCUCAAAAUGUGGGCGUGGCACCCAUAGGCGCACUGUCACCUGUACCGGCCCACAGGACAUGUGUGACUCCGCCUCCCGGCCCACAGAGGAGGAGCCCUGUGAGGACCACUCCCACUGCAAUGAGUGGAAGACUGGAGAGUGGUCAAAGUGCUCAUCAACUUGUGGCAGGGGCCAUCAAUCCAGGGUUGUCCAGUGUAUGCAUAAAGUGACUGGACGCCAUGGAAACGACUGUCCAAUAUAUUUCAAGCCCUCAACCUCCAGACGUUGCAGCCAGGAACCAUGCAUAAAAAACAUGAAUAAUAUCAGAUUCCCCAGGCUGGUGGCUUUGACCCAGCGCUGUGUGCGGGACCGCUGGUCCGGUCUGUGCCAGGUAGUCCGGGAGAAGCGACUCUGCCAGGACAGGAGAUGGCAGCAGGACUGCUGCCAAACCUGCCAGGACAUCACCACAGACGCCACCCCCCGAAACGGCUAACGGCGCUCACCGGCCGUGCUGCAUCGCCCAGACUCUAUCUUCCGUCAUCAUUAGUAUGCUAAUUUAAACAAAAUAACCCAGAAGCACGAGACAUUGGACAUUGGAGUCGCUUCCCAAAAGUCACCUAAGAUUAGAGGCCUGGGUUCGUGCAGUAACCGUGGACAGAGAAACAGGAACACUCAGGUCCUACAGCUUGCACACGCUCAGAGGAACUCCAGCUAUUACAUGAAGAAUUGAACAGAGAAUCAUGCAUCUUUCCUGGCUCAGUCUAGGUCAUGCCACUGUUCCCAUUCACAGACUGGGACUGAGAUGGAUAGAGAAGGUCAUGGACAGACGGGCAGGGAGGCAGGUGUGGGAGAGAGCAGGGUUCACUGGGGGGGGAUGGGGCACUCCCACUCCCACUCCCACAGAAUUGUUCUCCAGGUUGAUUACUGUUCGACCGGAAUGAUAUUUACUGGAGAAAAUUAUCUUCGACAGCAGCUGGGCUGUACCUCGCAGUGUGUUGAUGUGGAGCCCCACCCACACUGGUGCAGUGUGGUACCAUGGGUAAUGAACUGAGUACAUACCCAGGUGGCUGUGGGUUUGGUCACAUGGACCGCUGCUCGUUUUGGCCUUGCAUAAGGCACACAACCUCUGUUACUCCCACUGUUUUUGGUGCUGCUUAUUAUAGUUUUUUAUUAUUAAUACUAAAUGGCACCUUACCUAUUGGUUCAUUUCUUUACCACUGUUGCCAUUUACUUUUCUAUUAUUAAUCCAAAAUGUUUUGAUAUCCAUGUACUGUAAGACUUCAGCUGCACAGAUCAUUUGGAUAUAAAAUGCUCAUGAAGAUCUAUGGUGCUGAUUUGGUUCAGCUGAAAAUUUUUGUAUUAAAUGCAGGAAAUAUUUGUAUAAUCCAGAGAUAUAACCAUUUUGUCAGUUAAUGUAAACAGUAUUGUUUACAAUUUUUGUACUUGCAUACAUGGACUGUUGUAAAGUAAAAUAGUCAUGCUUUUAGAAAA